AUGUCAGAACACGAUGCAGGUUUCAAGGCCGCUCUGGAAGAAGCCAAGCAAGGUGCAAGCGAAGGCGGCAUCCCGAUCGGCGCAUGCCUUGUUUCGAAAGAGGGAAAGAUUCUUGGACGAGGCCAUAACAUGAGAAUCCAGAAGAAGAGCGCUACUUUGCAUGCCGAAGUCUCCACCCUAGAAAACGCCGGCCGCCUCCCCGCCUCCGCCUACGAGGGAGCAACAAUGUACACCACCCUCUCCCCCUGCCACAUGUGCACUGGCGCCUGCAUCCUGUACAAACUCUCCCGCGUGGUGAUGGGGGAGAACAACACGCUUGUCGGAGGCGAGGAGACGCUCAAGCGGGCUGGGGUGGAGUUGGUUAAUUUGAAGAAUGCCGAGUGUGAGGCGUUGAUGAAGAAGUUUAUCGAGGAGCAUCCGGAUGAUUGGUUGGUUUUGAUGCGUGGGUAUGAGGAUAUUGGGGAGCCGCCGAAGAAGGGUACGGAGUAA